AUGAGCACAGCGACCCUCCAGCCGUCGCAGCAACAGCCGCCGCCGCGAGCUGCCUCUGCUCAGGGUCAUAGACAGUAUCUGCGAUCUAGCAACCCAAAUAAUGCAAGAAGCGCCUCUCAUCCACACCCGAGCCGCCAGUAUGAGAAAGAUGCCGCCCCCAAGCCUACCGACACUUCCAAGUCAAAAGACGUCCUGUCUCCCGAGGAGAUCUCCAAACAUCCAGAAGAGAAACAAGUAGGACGGUCUUCACGCCAUCUCAAAGUGACCGACUUUGAGUUGAUGCGAACAUUGGGCACCGGCACAUUUGCGCGAGUGUGGCUGUGUCGCUUUGCCAGCCCCCUCCCCCAAGAUAGAGACAGAGUAUUUGCGUUGAAGGUGUUGAAAAAAGUCGAUGUCAUUAAACUCAAACAAGUCGAACAUGUUCGCAACGAGAGAGACGUUCUGGCUGCAGUUGCAGGCCAUCCUUUCAUCACCACACUCAUCACCUCCUUUUCCGACGACACAUCCCUUUAUAUGCUGUUGGAUUACACACCAGGCGGAGAGAUUUUCUCCUAUCUGAGACGGGCCCGCCGCUUUCCCUUCGCCACUGUCCAAUUCUAUGCCGCAGAGAUCACGCUCAUCCUCGCAUAUCUCCAUGAGGUCCAAUUUGUUGCAUACCGUGAUCUGAAGCCGGAAAACAUCCUACUUGAUGUUGACGGACAUUUGAAGUUGGUGGAUUUUGGGUUCGCCAAAUAUUUACCGCCAAACCAAGAGCAGUCUCCAGGAAGCAAGCAUAGCACCCACUCCGCCAAGCCUGAGUCGGAAUACCUAGAGCCUCAAGCUAGCGGUGCGGGUGUGACAUACACCUUGUGCGGAACACCAGAGUACCUGGCGCCAGAAGUCAUUCGCAAUACAGGGCAUGGCACGGCGGUGGACUGGUGGGCACUCGGCAUUUUGGUCUACGAAAUGUUGAUCGGUCAACCGCCAUUCUGGGAUCAAAACCCAAUGAGGAUAUAUGAGCAGAUUGUCGCUGGUCACAUCCGCUUCCCGACUGCACAUCCCUCCCAUCACGGUCAACGUGGCUUACACAUUCCAAGAGCGGCACGAGACUUUAUCCUGGCUCUGUGCAAGAUUGACCCCACCCAACGUCUCGGCCAUAUCGCAGGCGGCAGCAAACGAGUGAUGGACCAUUAUUUCUUUGAUGGAAUCGACUGGGAUGAGAUAUACUAUCGGCGAAGAAGAGGUCCUAUCAUUCCCAGGGUGGAAUGGGUGGGUGACGCAGGAAAUUUUGACGAAUACCCGGAUCCCAUUGAGGGCGAAGAGAGUGAAGGCGGAAGAGGACGCUAUACCGACGAACUGCGGGACGAGUGGGAGGAAGCUUUUGCGUCCUUCUAG